AUGAAUGGUGGGGACAAGGAAAAUAGCUUUACCCGCGGUCUGGUUUCAAAUGUUGUAAAACAAAAAAGCGUCAAUUCGGAAUUUUGCCCCGAUUACAAUGGAUACGUCGUACACUUCAACAAGAUUCGGCCAGUUGAGACUUUCCUCUUGGACAUCGAAAGCCACGAUGGAAAUCUCGUGUCCAAAAUAUUAGUAAACAAUUCAUAUGUCCCCCUGUCUGCAAUCUUUUUAAGACUGAUCGAAGCUUGUUCAAAGAAAAAAUACCUUACCAGCAAGGAUGUGUAUUUUUGUAUUUCCAAGCUAGCAAAAUACAAUUCUGACGCACUCUCUUUAAUCACCAUAGGUAUAAUUUCGCAAAUCGAUACAGGCGCCUCUACAUCUUGCCCGCAAAAGUGCAGAUCGUUGAUUGUCCACUGCAAAGAAGACUAUCAAGUUGGAAUCAUGGUGUUUUUCAAAGGAGACCAUAAGCUGCUAGAAGUUGGCCGCGAAAUCGCCAUCAUAAAUCCGCUGCUUAUUUUUUCGACCGGAGCUACGCUUCGAUAUGAGCAGCAGGUCUGCUCUAUUUCUAUCAAAGCACGAUGGGAUGAAGUAUUGUUGCUCCAAGACCCCGUGUUUGGUGCCGCUAUUUGCAUACAUUUGGCCGAAUCGAUUUCUCGGAAGUUCGUGCGUAUCAGACCUGAUCUGGCUGCUGGCCAUUCCUGCCUUCUUGAUCCAAACUCAAAGGCGCUAAAGGCAUCAAUUGAAAAAUUUGAUGCCAGAGUCAUUCUAAAGGAGCUGCUUUUCGAAUUUCCAAUGUCAUCCAGAAAAAAUCUGGUCAAGUUGGUUGGCAUGGAAAUGCCCUGUAUUCACAAGGACAGGGUACACAAAAAGUCAUCGCCAUCAAUACCUAUGAAGAAAGACCCAGCGGGUCCGACGCACCAGGAAGGUUUGUCGAACCCUUUGGCCGAAAUUGUUAGCAUUUCGCAAGCCGAAUCUCGCAAGAGAUCCUUUAUAGAGGAUGCCAUUUCAAAGACCAAAGCAGCUCCGGUUCUAGGAAGAAACUGGAUGCAAAAUAAAUAG